GACUACGAUAGAGCUCCGGGAGAGUAGCAAACGGUUAGAACAACAAAAAAAAUUGAUUUCGUAAACUUUCCCAACGAAAAUUCUUUUUAGCUUUUCAAAGCAAAAGCAUUUGGCCGGUUAAUGUGAGUGAAUUAAUUGAAAGAAAUUUAAAUAAACUCGUCAAUGUUAACAGUUAUUAUUUGGAUUUAGUAAAGCGUGACAUUUUGUAAAUGUAUAUAGUUUAAAAAAUAUACGGAAUAUAAAAAAAAACUAUUGAAACAUUCAUUACAUUACAACAACAACAAAAAGUGAAAAAAUAGUGCUAAUUUGUUUUCUCAGGGUUAUUAAAUUAAACCCUGUUUUAUUGUUAAACUUUAAUUAAACUAAGUUUUAAAGUGAGCUACCGUUAGCAAUAUGAAUAACGGCGGUUUUGGUUAUAAUCCUGCGGGUUAUGUUAAAAAUUUCAAUUGUCUUCGUAACUGGUGUUUUUGGGCGGGCGGUUUUGGUUUGGUCCAGUCAUUAAUAUGGAUCGCUUUAACAUUAACCGGAAUUUUGUCAUACAGCUGCAUCAUAAGCAUUGAGGGCACCUUUAACUAUGGCAGUCUGUUUCGUGUGGUAUUUCUAGAUCUGUACUUUAUGGGAACUUGUGCCGAUACCAUACCCCCCUACAACAGCGAAAUGCUGAGAGAAGUUAAGACUGUAUUAAAUCCUCAAGAUAUUGUCAUAUGGGACAGUGUAUAUUUGGCGGUGGCCGUAUGUUGGCUGUUGGCUUCGGUACUCAUAAUGACUUAUCUCAAACAAGAUCAACCUAGAGUGGUUAGUGGCGUUUUAUGGACCUGGACUCUGGUGACAUUCUGCAUUUGUGCCAUGGAUUUGUCUUUGGGCAUUAUUUUCGGCAUUGACUAUGGCCGCUUUAAUCGCAAGGCCUACGAUUACAAUUUAAGCAGCGUCAAUGUUGGUGUUAUUAACCCGGAUGCUGCCCAAUUAUUGGCCGGCAUGGUGGCUUCAAUGUCCAUGUUGAUCUUAUCGUUUAAGGGCUUUGUUUUGUGGAUUAUCAAUGUUAGUUUUAUGAUUUAUUUGGCCAUGCGUGCCAUUUAUAUUGGUCAUGAUAACAGUGGAGCGAACAAUCUAUUCAUGCCACGCAAGGAAUCCGAUGAUAUACUUGCCACUAGACCACCAAUUAAUGCCUAUCAGGAAGAAGAUCAGAAACCCAGUAUCAUGUCUACAGUCUUUGCCAAUGAGGGCUUUGAGCCCGACAAUCGCACCAUGGAUAAUAUUAACGUUAUCAAUCGUGAUAUAAUUGCUCGUGCUGCCCGCCUCUCAACGGAUGUUUCAUUGCAGGAAAGACGUUUCCGUAAUAUAGAUAAUUUCCAACAAUAUCCACCCCGUUCCAGGCCCGAGUCCGUUAUGCCCGAACAAACACAACAACAGCCCACCUCACCCAUUGUAGUGGCCGCUUUCCCAGCACCCGAUUACACACCACCCAUGCAAAGGGCCGCACUAAAUCCCAAUCGUAAUCAAAGAUAUCAAUAAGUGUCCCACAGUGAAUUCUUUCUUCUAAGUGUAUAAUUCUUUUUUUUUAUUUAAAACAAAAUUAUUUUUUUUUUUUAAUUUUUUUUUUUAAUUUUAUUGUUGCUUAUAAACAAAAAAUAAAAACAGAAAAUUGUUAAACACUGUAUAAAUUAUUGAAGCGAUGAUUUUGUGUCACUAGACAGCGAUAACACUCAGCGCUGAAAGAAGAUUAUUUGUAUUCCAAGCCAUAGCCAUGUUUUGGACCCCAGCAGAGAGUUUUUGCAUGCAUCAUGUUAUUUUUUUAAUUUUUAAUUACUUGAUUUUAUACGAAAGUGAUAACGAGAUCGAUCGUUUCCUAAGCAUUUUAUUUUCAGAAAAUCUAAAAUUUAUUUUGUAAAAACAAACUACAAUACUUUAUUAUUUUUACUUAUAGAAAAUGUAUUUAUUAUUGAAUAAUAUUUUAUUAUUGAAUAGUUAAUGUUCGUUUAAAAUAGAUUAAUAAAACAAAAAUAUGUUUAUUUAUGUAAAUAUUGUAAAGUGA